AUGGACGUGGUUUACUACCCUACCCCGUUCACCAAGAAAGUGUUCCCCAGUGUUACUCUAUAAAAAGACUCUCACACAACUCUUGCUGUCCUUUCAAUAGCAGGAAACCGAUUAUCCAUCCCACUUCUGAUACCAGUGUAGUGAAGGUGGGAGAUAGUCAGUAGCAGGGCUUGAACCAGAGACCCUUACAAGGCAAAGACACUACACUGUGUCAUUAAGGAGGUCGUGCUUACAUUUCAAUUUGACUCAUUCAACAAGGUAGAGAGAAAGAGUAUUUUUUACAGCAAAUGAUUGUAUCAAAUGACUCAUCUUAUCCAGCAGACCGUUACAUGUACUCUAGUCUCUCUCCUAUUGGAGACCAUUAGACUUAAAACAUUUAUUUCUCUGGAAGGUGACCUGGAGAGAGGAAUAUUGCGAAAUAAAGCAAACACAAAUUGCAUUUCCUCCUCCCUGUCUGGCCUGGCACGACAUGAUGCCACCAGGGCAAUUACAACCGCAUAACGCUCUUUCAGUCUCUUAGCAGCUCAACUGUGUUUCACCACCAUCAUUAAAAACACACACAAUGUCCUCGAUAACGGUGUUCAGAGUGGCGGCAUGCCGAGACACCUUUCCAGCUCUGAAAAACAACAGUUUCGACACACAAUGUCCAUUAUAUCUCUAUUAAUUCUCUCUCUACCCCUCAUUUCCUCUCCACCUUCUCCUCCUCCUCAUUUUCCUUGCAGGGGAGAUCUGUGCAUUUAUGAUCCACGGGCAGGAGGCCCCGUUCGAGGCGGUGGUCCUGAACAGGACGUCAGGGGAGGGGGUCCUGAGGGCCAAGGGCUCGGUGGACUGUGAGACCCAGAAGGAGUACACCUUCAUCAUCCAGGCCUACGACUGUGGGGCCGGGGCCAACGGGGCCAGCAGGAAGAAGUCACACAAGUAAGGAAGGAGUGUGUGUCGGGGAGGGGGGUUGGUGUGUGUUUCGGAGGGAGUGGGGAUGUGUGUGUGUGUGUGUGUGUGUGUGUGUGUGUGUGUGUAGAAUUAGGGUUAGGGUUAUGUUAAGGGUUAGGAUUAGGUUUAGGGGUUAGGGAAAAUAUAAUUUUGAAUGGGAAUCAAUUGUUUGGUCCCCACAAGGAUAGUAAAACAAAUGUGUGUGUGGCUGUAUCUUUGUUUGUGUGAGAUCGAUUUUUGUAAUAAAAAAAAUCCAUUAUACAAGCAAACUGAUAUACACUGAGUAUACAAAACAUUAAGAACACCUGCUCUUUCCAUGACAUAGAUUGACCAGGUGAAUCCAGGUGAAAGCUAUGAUCCCUUAUUGAUGUCACUUGUUAAAUCCAUUUCAAUCAGUGUAGAUGAAGGGAGGAGACCGGUUAAAGAAGGAUUAUUUUUCAAAUCAAAUUUUAUUUGUCACAUGUGCCGAAUUCAACAUGUGUAGACCUUACAGUGAAAUGCUUACUUACAAGCCCUAAACAACAGUGCAGUUUUAAGAUAAAUAAGUGUUAAGUAAACAAUAGAUAAAUAAAAAAUAAAAGCAGUAAAAUAACAGUAAAAAUAACAGUUGCGAGGCUAUAUACAGGGGGUACCGGUACAGAGUCAAUGUGCGGGGGCACCGGUUAGUCGAGGUAAUUGCGGUAAUAUGUACAUUUAGGUAUAGUUACAGUGAAUAUGCAUAGAUAGUAAACAGAGAGUAGCAGCAGCGUAAAAGGGGGGGUGGGGGUGGGGGGUGGGUGGGGGGGGGGGGGGACACACACACAAUGUAAAUAGUCCGGGUAGCCAUUUGAUUACCUGUUCAGGAGUCUUAUAGCUUGGGGGUAGAAGCUGUUAAGAAGCCUUUUGGACCUAAACUUGGCGCUCCGGUACCGCUUGCUGUGCGUCUAUGACUAGGGUGGCUGGAGUCUUUGACCAUUUUUAGGGCCUUCCUCUGACACCACCUGGUAUAGAGGACCUGGGUGGCAGGAAACCUGGCCCCAGUGAUGUACUGGGCCGUACACACUACCCUAUGUAGUGCCUUGCAGUCGGAGUCCAAGCAGUUGCCAUACCAGGCAGUGAUGCAACCAGUCAGGAUGCUCUCGAUGGUGCAGCUGUAUAACUUUUUGAGGAUCUGAGGACCCAUGCCAAAUCUUUUCAGUCUCCUGAGGGGGAAUAGGCUUUGUCGUGCCCUCUUCACGACUGUCUUGGUGUGUUUGGACCAUGAUAGUUUGUUGGUGAUGUGGACACCAAGGAACUUGAAGCUCUCAACCUGCUCCACUACAGCCCUGUCGAUGAGAAUGGGGGCGUACUCGGUCCUCUUCUUUUUCCUGUAGUCCACAAUCAUCUCCUUUGUCUUGAUAACGUUGAGGAAGAGGUUGUUAUCCUGGCACCACACGGCCAGGUCUCUGACCUCCUCCCUAUAGGCUGUCUCAUCGUUGACGGUGAUCAGGCCUACUACCACUGUUAACUUAAUGAUUGUGUUAAUGUCGUGCCUGGCCAUGCAGUAACAGGGAGUACAGGAGGGGACUGAGCAAGCACCCCUGAGGGGCCCCCGUGUUGAGGAUCAGCGUGGCAGAUGUGUUGUUACCUACCCUUACAACCUGGGGGCGGUCCGUCAGGAAGUGUCCAGGAUCCAGUUGCAGAGGGAGGUGUUUAGUCCCAGGGUCCUUAGUGAUGAGCUUUGAGGAAACUAUGGUGUUGAACGCUGAGCUGUAGUCAAUGAAUAGCAUUCUCACGUAGGUGUUCCUUUUAUCCAGGUGGGAAAGGGCAGUGUGGAGUGCAAUAGAGAUUGCAUCAUCUGUGGAUCUGUUGGGACGGUAUGCAAAUUGGUGUUGGUUUAGGGUUUCUGGGAUAAUGGUGUUGAUGUGAGCCAUGACCAGCCUUUCAAAGCACUUCAUGGCUACAGACGUGAGUGCUACAGGUCUGUAGUCAUUUAGGUAGGUUACCUUAGUGUUCUUGGGCACAGGGACUAUGGUGGUCUGCUUGAAACAUGUUGGUAUUACAGACUCAGUCAGGGACAGGUUGAAAAUGUCAGUGAAGACACUUGCAGGUUGGUCAGCGCAUGCUCGGAGUACACGUCCUGGUAAUCCGUCUGGCCCUGCGGCCUUGUGAAUGUUGACCUGUAUAAAGGUUUUACUCACAUUGGCUACGGAGAGCGUGAUCACACAGUCGUCCGGAACAGCUGAUGCUCUCAUGCAUGCCUCAGUGUUGCUUGCCUCAAAGCGAGCAUAGAAGUGAUUUAGCUGGUAGGCUCGUCUCACUGGGCAGCUCGCAGCUGCUCUUCCCUUUGUAGUCUGUAAUAGUUUGCAAGUCCUGCCACAUCCGACGAGCGUCGGAGCCGGUGUAGUACGAUUCAAUCAUAGUCCUGUAUUGACGCUUUGCCUGUUUGAUGGUUUGUCUGAGGGCAUAGCGGGAUUUCUUAUAAGCGUCCAGGUUAGAGUUCCGCUCCUUGAAAGCGGCAGCUCUACCCUUUCGCUCAGUGUGGAUGUUGCCUGUAAUCCAUGGCUUCUGGUUGGGGUAUGUACGUACGGUCACUGUGGGGACGAUGUCAUCGAUGCACUUAUUGAUGAUGCCAUUGGCUGAUGUGGUGUACUCCUCAAUGCCAUCGGAAGAAUCCCGGAACAUAUUCCAGUCUGUGCUAGCAAAACAGUCCUGUAGCUUAGCAUCUGCGUCAUCUGACCACUUCUUUAUUGAACGAUUCACUGGUGCUUCCUGCUUUAGUUUUUGCUUGUAAGCAGAAAUCAGGAGGAUAGAGUUAUGGUCAGAUUUGCCAAAUGGAGGGCGUGGGAGAGCUUUGUACGUGUCUCUGUGUGUGGAGUAAAGGUGGUCUAGAGUUUUUUUCCCUCUGCUUGCACAUUUAACAUGCUGGUAUAAAUUGGGUAAAACAGAUUUAAGUUUCCCUGUGUUAAAGUCCCCGGCCACUAGGAGCGCCGCCUCUGGAUGAGCAUUUUCCUGUUUGCUUAUGGCCUUAUACAGCUCAUUGAGUGCAGUCUUAGUGCCAUCAUCGGUUUGUGGAGGUAAAUAGACAGCUCAGAAAAUAUAGAUUAAAACUCUCUUGGUAAAUAGUGUGGUCUACAGUUUAUCAUGAGAUACUCUACCUCAGGCCAGCAAAACCUUGAGACCUUGAGAAUAUUAGAUUUUGUGCACCAGCUGUUGUUUACAAAUAUACACAGACCGCCACCCCUUGUCUUUUUUAUGUCCCGUUGGUAGUAUAUUCUUGAUCGUAGCUCGCCUAUUUUAUUAUCCAAUGAUUGUACGUUGGCUAAUAGGACUGAUGGAAGAGGCAAAUUACUCACUCUCCGUCGGAUCCUUACAAGGUACCCCAACCUACGUCCUACGUCCCAGAUAUCUCUGUCUCUUUCUCCUGCGAAUGACGGGGUAUGGGCCUUGUCGGGUGUCUCUAGUACGUCCUUAGCGUCCGACUUGAAGAAAAAACCUUUGUCCAGAUUUUUAAGCCUUGAGACAAUUGAGACAUGGAUUGUGUACGUGUGCCAUUCAGAGGGUGAAUGCGCAAUACAAAAUAUUUAAGUGCCUUUAAAGGGGGUAUUUUUUAGGUGCCAGGCGCACUGGUUUGUGUCAAGAACUGCAACUCUGCUGGGUUUUUCACACUCAAAAGUUUCCUGUGUGUAUCAAAAAUGGUCCACCACCCAUCCAGCCAACUUAACAAAACUGUGGGAAGCAUUGGAGUCAUCAUGGGCCAGCAUCCCUGUGGAACACUUUCAACACCUUGUAGAGUCCAUGCCCCGAUGAAUUGAGGCUGUUCUGAGGGUAAAAGGGGGGCUGGGUUGCAACUCAAUAUUAGGAAGUUGUUCAUAAUGUUUGGUAUGCUCAGUGUAGCUCUACAUGCCAAGCGUCCAGUGAUAAUCAUAGACUGACUGAGCACAUCCACUGUGCAAUAGCAGCCCUCUGCAGUCCUAGUAACAGCUGAGACUUGCUCAAUGGUCAGCUCUGGGGAUGAUUCUCAUUAAUGAGGGCCUGAAGGCUCCUUAUGAGUCAGACAGUCGUGGAUAACAACAAAUCAAGCCUUAUAGCCCUGCUCUGAUGAAGUGCUAUUGAAGGCUGUGCUCUAGUGACUAAAGGCUGAUACUGUCGCACAGAGAGAGAGAUGGGCAUGAGAGAGUGGGAGUGAUUUCCCAGCUUGGUCAUCUUUGAUUAAUGUCUCUGAGUGAAAUAGGGCACCUGUCAAUACUUGUGUGUGCAUCCGUUUUACUUUCAUCAAAUUCGAAUCAAAAAUCGAAUCAAAAUCAAAUUGUAUUUGUCACAGGCGCCAAAUACAACAGGUGUAGACUUUACAGUGAAAUGCUUACAGGCCCUUUCCCAACAAUGCAGAGUUAAAAAGUAAGAAAAAGUAAGAAAAUGAGCUAAUAGUAACACAAUAAAUAACAAUAGCGAGGCUAUACAGUGCCUUCGGAAAGUAUUCAGACCCCUUGAUUUUUUCCACAUUUAGGUUAAAGCCUUUUUUCAAAAAUUGAUUAAAUUGUUGCUAAAAUACGGAUAUAUAACAUUUACAUAAGUAUUCAGACCCUUUACUCAGUACUUUGUUGAAGCACCUUUAGCAGCGAUUACAGCCUCGAGUAUUCUUGGGUAUGACGCUACAAGCUUGGCACACCUGUAUUUGUGGAGUUUCUCCCAUUCUUCUCGGCAGAUCCUCUCAAGCUCAGUCAGGUUGGAUUGGGAGCGUCGCUCCACAGCUAUUUUCAGGUCUUUCCAGCGUUGUUCGAUCGGGUUAAAGUCAAAGCUCUGGCUGGGCCACUAAAGGACAUUCAGAGACUUGUCCCGAAGCCACUCCUGCGUUGUCUUGGCUGUGUGCUUAGGGUUGUUGUCCUGUUGGAAGGUGAACCUUCGCCCCAGUCUGAGAUCCUGAGCGCUCUGGAGCAGGUUUUGAUCAAGGAUCUCUCUGUACUUUGCUCUGUUAAUCUUUGCCGAGAUCCUGACUAGUAUCCCAGUCCCUGCCGCUGAAAAACAUCCCCACAUCAUGAUGCUGCCACCACCAUGCUUCACCGUAGGGAUGGUGCCAGGUUUCCUCCAGACCUGACGCUUGGCAUUCAGGCCAAAGAGUUCAAUCUUGGUUUCAUCAGACCAGAGAAUAUUUUUCUCAUGGUCUGAGAGUCUUUAGGUGCCUUUUGACAAACUCCAAGAGGGCUGUCAUGUGCCUUUUACUGAGGAGUGGCUUCCGUCUGGCCACUCUACCGUAAAGGCCUGAUUGAUGGAGUGCUGCAGAGAUGGCUGUCCUUCUGGAAGGUUCUCCCAUCUCCACAGAGGAACUCUAGAGCUCUAUCAGAGUGAUCAUCGGGUUCUUGGUCACCUCCCUGACCAAGGCCCUUCUCUCCCGAUUGCUCAGUUUGGCCGGGCGGCCAGCUCUAGGAAGAGUCUUGGUGGUUCCAUACUUCUUCCAUUUAAGAAUUAUGGAGGCCACUGUGUUCUUGGGGACCUUCAAUGCUGCAGAAAUUUUUUGGUACCCUUCCCCAGAUCUGUGCCUACAACACAAUCCUGUCUCAGAGCUCUACGGUCUAUUCCUUUGACCUCAUGGCUUGGUUUUUGCUCUGACAUGCACUGUUAACUGUGGGACCUUAUAUAGACAGGUGUGUGCCUUUCCAAAUCAUGUCCAAUCAAUUGAAUUUACCACAGGUGGACUCCAAUCAAGUUUUAGAAACAUCUCAAGGAUGAUCAAUGGAAACAGGAGGCACCUGAGCUCAAUUUCGAGUCUCAUAGCAAAGGGUCUGAAUAAUGUGUGUGUGCCUCAGCUAAGCAGCAUCACUGCAGGUCAUUUUAAGUAGGUGUCAUUAAAGUGAAUGUCUUUAAUUAGGAAGGCAUGCUACAGCAGCAGACCAUUGCCUCUUUUCACACAAGGUCAUUGUCAGCAGAAUUAUAGGUAGAGUUUGAGAAACUGGACUUUUAAAAAUAAAACUAAGAUAUUUAAAAUAUGAAUUGUUAUGUUCAGCCCUUUGGUUGUUUGGCCAUUGUUUUAACAAAGUACAAAGGAAAAGGCCCUGAACCAACCUAGAUUUGGUGAGAAUAUCUCUCAUUUGCUUCGGUGCAAAAACAUUGCAUCACUACCUUUUAAUUUUUUUUACAAUACAACUAUCAGUGAAAAACAGUGAAGGAUUUAACUUUUACGUAUGGUAUGCCCCAAUGUUUCUCUCUCUCAUGUUCUCUAAGCUAGUAAUGAGAUUGUGUGGGGAUUUGUGUUUGUUGUUUAUGUUUGUCGUUUGUUGUUUCUGUGGUUUGGGGGGGGGGGUACUUAUUAUUGGAAGAAAGAGCAUCAAAAGUCUAUGCCUCACUACCUUCCCCCACACUUUUUGCUCUCUCACUCUCUCCCCCCCUCCCUCUCUCCCCCCCUCCCCCCCUCUAUCCAGGGCGGUGGUUCACAUCCAGGUGGAUGACGUGAAUGAGUUCUCUCCUGUGUUCCGGGAGGCCGUGUACCACGCUGCAGUAACAGAGGAGAAGAUCUACGACAGCAUCCUGCAGGUAGAGGCCUGGGACCAGGACUGUUCCCCGCAGUACAGCCAGAUCUGCAACUACGACAUCGUCACCUCCGACACACCCUUCGCCAUCGACCGCAAUGGUCAGUGAACUCUAACCUCAUCCCCUGACCUCAAAACCUGCAGGUCAAAUGACACAAGCAUAGGCUACUCUGACUGACCUUGCGUUAGGUCAAACUUUUGUACUUUUGCUCUCUCUACACAUUGUUAAUUCUGCUCUCAGAAAAAAAAACAUAAAUUCCUUCAACUUGGUUACACUUUACUUUCUAUAACAGUAAUGACACAAACUGUUCCUCAGGCCAUCAAAUUGGCUCGGCAUAAUUUGAAUACAGUCAUUACCAGAAGUUCGUAUCUAGAUUGACUUACAGUCCAUUCACAGUCAGUACAUGUGGCCCAUGCGGGAAUUGAACCCAAAAAUGUGAUUUGCUGUUGCCAGAAUCUUCUCCAACCAACUGAAUUUAGUUAAUUAUAUUCAUAGCACAUAUCUCACACCAUUUGUCAGCGUGCUUCCCCAUUCAUCUUCUGAUCACAGUGCAGUGUUAUACAGAGUGAUAUGAAACUGGAUCCAGCUCUGUGUGAUCAGUGGGAACACAAGGACGAGUGGAGCCCACUUAUCAGACAGGCCAAAAUGUUUCUCUGUCACGUCCUCCCUUUCUCCUUCUAUUUUUCGAGAGAGGGAGGAAAGGGACGGAACGAAGGGUCGCGAGAGUUACGUAUCGAGAUAGCGAUAAGAAGAGCGCUCUCGCUAUAUCGCGCGCGAGCUAUCGGUAUGGUAUCUCGCUACUCUCUUUCCCUCCCUCUCUCUCUCUUCUUUUCUUCCUCCCUGUCUGGUGACUCUGAUUUCCUCUGGGACGGCCCAGGCCCCUCUGUGACUUUUAUAGCUCCUGUCCGCCAUUCCAGCUUCGCGGCUGGCAGUCGCCUCGCCUCCUAUAGCCCUCCCACUGUCUGCAGUGCGACUAGCGCUCGUGGUGCUCAAUUAGAACUGAGCGGAGUGAUGCAUUGGGGCCGCCAGUGUGUUUUGUACUGAGGGGGCUUCUGGCUCCAUCAUUAACCGUGGAUCAGAGGCCUGAGUGAGUUAUUAAAUAAAACAGGCCCGCCAGCCCUCUGCAACUCAGGGAGAAAGAUGGAGGGAGUGAGGAAAGGAGAGAGGAUGUGUUAGAGAGAAGUACAGAGAGGGAGAGGCCAGAAGAAAGAAUCAACAGAGAAAAGAAGAGAGACAGGGAAGUAGAAUCAGUAAUAAGGAGGAGAAACAGCGACACAGAUAGAGAUACGGUAGUUCCAGCUCAUUCAGAGUUGAAGGUUGUCUGAAUUUUGUCUGAAUGUUUCUUCUCUCCCUCAUCGAUCCUGAACAACUGAUUGAGGUUUUAUACUGAGACAGACAGUGAAGACGUACACUACCGUUCAAAAGUUUGGGGUCACUUAGAAAUGUCAUUGUUUUUGUGAAAGAAAAUGAAUGAAAUUGUCCAUUAAAAUAACAUCAAAUUGAUCAGAAAUACAGUGUAGACAUAGUUAAUGUUUUAAAUGGCUAUUGUAGCUGGAAACAGUUGAUUUUUUUAUGGAAUAUCUACAUACAGUGGGGGAAAAAAGUAUUUAGUCAGCCACCAAUUGUGCAAGUUCUCCCACUUAAAAAGAUGAGAGAGGCCUGUAAUUUUCAUCAUAGUUACACGUCAACUAUGACAGACAAAUUGAGAGAAAAAAAUCCAGAAAAUCACAUUGUAGGAUUUUUUAUGAAUUUAUUUGCAAAUUAUGGUGGAAAAUAAGUAUUUGGUCAACUACAAACAAGCAAGAUUUCUGGCUCUCACAGACCUGUAACUUCUUCUUUAAGAGGCUCCUCUGUCCUCCACUCGUUACCUGUAUUAAUGGCACCUGUUUGAACUUGUUAUCAGUAUAAAAGACACCUGUCCACAACCUCAAACAGUCACACUCCAAACUCCACUAUGGCCAAGACCAAAGAGCUGUCAAAUGACACCAGAAACAAAAUUGUAGACCUGCACCAUAGGUAAGCAGCUUGGUUUGAAGAAAUCAACUGUGGGAGCAAUUAUUAGGAAAUGGAAGACAUACAAGACCACUGAUAAUCUCCCUCGAUCUGGGGUUCCACGCAAGAUCUCACCCCGUGGGGUCAAAAUGAUCACAAGAACGGUGAGCAAAAAUCCCAGAACCACACGGGGGGUCCUAGUGAAUGACCUGCAGAGAGCUGGGACCAAAGUAACAAAGCCUACCAUCAGUAACACACUAUGCCGCCAGGGACUCAAAUCCUGCAGUGCCAGACGUGUCCCCCUGCUUAAGCCAGUACAUGUCCAGGCCCGUCUGAAGUUUGCUAGAGUGCAUUUGGAUGAUCCAGAAGAGGAUUGGGAGAAAGUCAUAUGGUCAGAUGAAACCGAAAUAUAACUUUUUGGUAAAAAUUCAACUCGUCGUGUUUGGAGGACAAAGAAUGCUGAGUUGCAUCCAAAGAACACCAUACCUACUGUGAAGCAUGGGGGUGGAAACAUUUCGGGCUGUUUUUCUGCAAAGGGACCAGGACGACUGAUCCGUGUAAAGGAAAGAAUGAAUGGGGCCAUGUAUCGUGAGAUUUUGAGUGAAAACCUCCUUCCAUCAGCAAGGGCAUUGAAGAUGAAACGUGGCUGGGUCUUUCAGCAUGACAAUGAUCCCAAACACACCGCCCGGGCAACGAAGGAGUGGCUUCGUAAGAAGCAUUUCAAGGUCCUGGAGUGGCCUAGCCAGUCUCCAGAUCUCAACCCCAUAGAAAAUCUUUGGAGGGAGUUGAAAGUCCGUGUUGCCCAGCGACAGCCCCAAAACAUCACUACUCUAGAGGAGAUCUGCAUGGAGGAAUGGGCCAAAAUACCAGCAACAGUGUGUGAAAACCUUGUGAAGACUUACAGAAAACGUUUGACCUGUGUCAUUGCCAACAAAGGGUAUAUAACAAAGUAUUGAAAAACUUUUGUUAUUGACCAAAUACUUAUUUUCCACCAUAAUUAGCAAAUAAAUUCAUAAAAAAUCCUACAAUGUGAUUUUCUGGAGAAAAAAAUUCUCAUUUUGUCUGUCAUAGUUGACGUGUACCUAUGAUAAAAAUUACAGGCCUCUCUCAUCUUUUUAAGUGGGAGAACUUGCACAAUUGGUGGCUGACUAAAUACUUUUUUCCCCCACUGUAGGUGUACAGAGGCCCAUUAUCAGCAACCAUCAGUCCUGUGUUCCAAUGUCAUGUUGCGUUUGCUAAUCCAAGUUUAUCAUUUUAAAAGGCUAAUUGAACAAGAAUAGACUAACGAGUUUCAGAAGAAAGUUAUUUUUUUCUGGUCAUUUUGAGCCUUUAAUCGAACCCACAAUUGCUGAUGCUCCAGAUACGCAACUAGUCUCAAGAAGGCCAGUUUUAUUGCUUCUUUAAUCAGCACAACAGUUUUCAGCUGUGCUAACAUAAUUGCAAAAGGGUUUUCUAAUGAUAAAUUAGCAUUUUAAAAUGAUAAACUUGGAUUAGCAAACACAACGUGCUAUUGGAACACAUGACUGAUGGUUGCUGAUAAUGUGCCUCUGUACGCCUAUGUAGAUAUUCCAUAAAAAAUCUGCCGUUUCCAGCUACAAUAGCCAUUUACAACAUUAACAAUGUCUACACUGUAUUUCUGAUCAAUUUGAUGUUAUUUUAAUGGACCAAAAAAUUGUCUAAUGGAACAAGAAAAUGUCUAAGUGACCCCAAACUUUUGAACUGUAGUGUAUAUUUAAAGAUAAUGAAUACAUUUAAAAUAAUUAAUACGAAAGUCAAGAGUUGGCUAUAACAUGAGUACAAACAAAGUGAGUGUGUGAAUAUGUGUGUAAGUGUUUGUGUGCGUGUGUGUGUAUUAUGGUGUGUAUUAUAAUUUCCCAUCAUAAGAAUGUAUCCCCAUUCCCCAAUCAAAUACCUUAAUCGAUACAAAAAACAAAACAAAAAAAUCUGUAUUUUUUUCUCCAGUCUGGCAACCCUCAUAAAAUUGGACAUAGCCUUGUAUAAAAUGCAUUAUGAAAGUAUAAUAAUAAUAAUAAUAAUAUGCCAUUUAGCAGACGCUUUUAUCCAAAGCGACUUACAGUCAUGUGCGCAUACAUUUUUACGUAUGGGUGUCCCAGGGAUCGAACCCACUACCCUGGCAUUACAAGCGCCAUGCUCUACCAAUUGAGCUACAGAGGACCACCAAAGAAAUGGUGUAAUGUAGUCGAAAAAGUGGAGCUUUGUAUUAAAUGCAUUAUAAAGAAAAUUGUGUAAUGUAGGCUCAACGAAAUAUGAAAUGCGUUAUGAAGAAAACCGUGUAGGCCUACUGUUGCCUACACAAAAAAAAGGGCCUUCUGACUUUCUGACUACAAGUAUCCCAAAUUAUUAAUUGAAAACAAGCAUAGAAAACAGUAUUGGAAUUAAUACAACAUUUAAAAACGUAAGGCUACUACUAUAUUAUAAUUAUUUUGGUGACAACCUGGUGGAUUAACAAUAUUGGCUUGUUAACAGGUUUGUUUUUUUAUAUAAAUAAAUGUGGGACACAAAAAAAAGGCAGUGUCGAAAACCAUUGCCCAUCAUGCAUUGCUCUAAUAACUUUCAAAAGAUUGUUCCGAAGUUUGCCCCCCAAAAAUGUAUUUUCCAAUGAAUGAAGACAAACAAUGCCACCCCUCAGAGCCUGUUUCCUCUCUAGGUUUUCCUAGGGAGUUUUUCAUAGCCACUGUGCUUCUACAUCUGCAUUGCUUGCUCUUGGCAUUUUAGACUGGGUUUCUGUAUAAGUUCUUUGUGACAACUGCUGAUGUAAAAAGGGCUUUAUAAAUACAUUUGAUUGAUUGAGCUCUCUUCACUCCCAUAAGGUCUCAUUUAGGGUAGAAUCCACACAACUCUGAUUUUUUGCCUAACUCAUGCAUUGUAGUCAAUGGGAGAUUCCCGCAAAAAAAUAGUAAUGCCUGCACAUCUUAAAUUAGGGUUCAGCUCAUAGAGACCAGUGUAACCACCACAGCCAUUGCAGUCUUCAUCAAAACCCUUAGCACUUUGAUUGCUUGUAUGGAACUACAUCUGAAUAAAGGCAUCGCUUUGAUUUACUGCAUGGCAUUAAUCUCCACAAUCAGCACUAACAACGUACCACUCCACUAACUCUCCGACCCAGAUUCACAGAAGGAAGUGAGAGACUGAGAUAUCCUCCUUUUUGAGGGUACAUCAUGUUCAUAGGGUCCAUCUGGGAGUGGAGCUGUCCAGGUUUGAGGGCUCACACUGCUCCUGACCUCCUCUCCUCUCCUUGACAGCUGCAGAGCUGCCUCCAGGGCAAGAUUCAUUAAUAAAUGCCAACCUGCAUCAGCAUCAGGAGCAUAGAGAUACAACUAUAGAAAGGCUGAUGUCAUAGGACCUCAAACCAUAAUUCCUCUCUAGUGCUCUAUCUCUAUGAUCCAGACACUGACAUACUCUCAGACAACCAAACUGGCUGUAGAGGUUACCAGCUAGUUGAGCAAAAUAGCCUCCGUUUAGGGAAGGUGGGAAAACAAAAGCUAACGAACUUACAGUUGAAGUCGGAAGUUCACAUACACUUAGGUUGGAGUCAUUAAAAUUGGUGUUUCAACCACUCCACACAUUUCUUGUUAACAAACUAUAGUUAGGACAUCUACUUUGUGCAUGACACAAGUAAUUUUUUCCAACAAUUGUUUACAGACAGAUUAUUUCACUUAUAAUUCACUGUAUCACAAUUCCAGUGGGUCAGAAGUUUACAUACUCUAAGUUGACUGUGCCUUUAAACAGUUUGGAAAAUUAUAGAAAAUGAUGUCAUGGCUUUAGAAGCUUUUGAUAGGCUAAUUGACAUCAUUUGAGUCAAUUGGAGGUGUACCUGUGGAUAUAUUUCAAGGCCUACCUUCAAACGUAGUGCCUCUUUGCUUGACAUCAUGGGAAAAUCAAAAGAAAUCAGCCAAGACCUCAGAAAAGAAAUUGUAGACCUCCACAAGUCUGGUUCAUCCUUGGGAGCAAUUUACAAACGCCUGAAGGAACCACGUUCAUCUGUACAAACAAUAGUACGCAAGUAUAAACUCCAUGGGACCACGCAGCCGUCAUACCGCUCAGGAAGGAGACGCGUUCUGUCUCCUAGAGAUGAACGUACUUUGGUGCGAAAAGUGCAAAUCAAUCCCAGAACAACAGCAAAGGACCUUGUGAAGAUGCUGGAGGAAACAGGAACAAAAGUAUCUAUAGCCACAGUAAAACAAGUCCUAUAUCGACAUAACCUGAAAGGCCGCUCAGCAAGGAAGAAGCCACUGCUCCAAAACCGCCAUAAAAAAGCCAGACUACGGUUUGCAACUGCACAUGGGGACAAAGAUUGUACUUUUUGGAGAAAUGUCCUCUGGUCUGAUGAAACAAAAAUAGAACUGUUUGGCCAUAAUGACCAUUGUUAUGUUUGGAGGAAAAAGGGGAAGCUUGCAAGCCGAAGAACACCAUCCCAACCGUGAAGCACGGGGGUGACAGCAUCAUGCUGUGGGGGUGCUUUGCUGCAGGAGGGACUGGUGCACUUCACAAAAUAGAUGGCAUCAUGAGGAAGGACAAUUAUGUGGAUAUAUUGAAGAAACAUCUCAAGACAUCAGUCAGGAAGUUAAAGCUUGGUCGCAAAUGGGUCUUCCAAAUGGACAAUGACCCCAAGCGUACUUCCAAAGUUGUAGCAAAAUGGCUUAAGGACAACAAAGUCAAGGUAUUGGAGUGGACAUCACAAAGCCCUGACCUCAAUCCUAUAGAACAUUUGUUGGCAGAAAAGGCGUGUGCGAGCAAGGAGGCCUACAAACCUGACUCAGUUACACCAGCUCUGUCAGGAGGAAUGGGCCAAAAUUCACCCAACUUAUUGUGGGAAGCAUGUGGAAGGCUACCCAAAAACGUUUGACCCAAGUUAAACAAUUUAAAGGCAAUGCUACCAAAUACUAAUUGAGUGUAUGUAAACUUCUGACCCACUGGGAAUGUGAUGAAAGAAAUAAAAGCUGAAAUAAAUCAUUCUCUCUACUAUUAUUCUGAAAUUUUACAUUCUUAAAAUAAAGUGGUGAUCCUAACUGACCUAAGACAGGGAUUUUAUACUAGGAUUAAAUGUCAGGAAUUGUGAAAAACUGAGUUUAAAUGUAUUUGGCUAAGGUGUAUGUAAACUUCCGACUUCAACUGGAGAUGUUAGAGUGUGAAGAGGAUAUUAAUUUGGAUAGGAGAGGAACUCAGUGAAAUCGAUGAACAAUACAUGAACUAAAUCUAUUUACAGACAAUGGCAGUGAGUUGAAUUGUCUUGAGUGCAUCCCUCACGCUUGUGAUGGUUCAUAUUUUUAUGUUAGUAUUUUUUUUAAAUCUUCAUUUCUCCUCUCCCUCAUUAGGUAACAUCAGAAACACGGAGCGUCUGAGCUAUGACAAGCAGCUGCGCUACAAGAUCAUGGUGACCGCCUUCGACUGCGGCCAGAAGAGGGCGACGGAGAGUGUGGCGGUGCACAUCGACGUCAAGCCCGUCUGUAAACCUGGCUGGCAAGGUCAGUGACAUCAAAAAGGAAGACUGUCUGUUCACACUGCAUAGAUCUAAGUUGCAGAUCCCAAAAGUUACUAAAAGGUUGCUAAUCAUUCAAUAAGUCGUUUGGGUGCCCCGAAGUUAGAGGCUACCACACUGUAGCUGGUGAAGAGCAGCAGAAAUCAAUUCACUCCUCACAAAAUGGCCGCCAACAUGACUCAGAGUACUUGGUUGCAGCACUAUCAGUGUCUCUGCGUUCUCCUUGCACUGUUAUUUUCUCCCUCUGCACCCCAGUAGUGUUCUAAGAGAAAGAGAAGCUCUCAUCUUCCCUGUUGAGGCAUAUAGCUACACUCUCACACUCCUUGCUCUGGAUCUUACAGUCCUCCUCGAUUCUGUUUACCCGAGCAAUCCAGGUCAAGGGCCCCUGUGGAGAAGGGAAGAGGGGAAUACAGCAUAUCCCGUUUUAGAAUAAUGCCCCAAGAGGGAAGAAAACAUUGUUUAAGGAACUUGACUGGAUCUUGUCUCAAACUACUGUAGCAUUCACACAGUUAAGGCCUUCACAAGUGGACAGGGUCCCCCACUGCUUCAUUAGGCCACGUCAUGAAAAGAAAGGCUGGGGAGACACCUUCAUCUACAUUUUACAUUUACGUCAUUUAGCAGACGCUCUUAUCCAGAGCGACUUACACGAGCAAUUAGGGUUAAGUGACUUGCUUAAGGGCACAUCGACAGAUUUUUCACCUAGUCGGCUCGGGGAUUAGAACCAGCGACCUUUCGGUUACUGGCACAACGCUCUUACCCACUAAGCUACCUGCCGCCCCAGGUAGCUACCAGGUAGCUACCUAAUUAGAAGAAAUCCCUCCUUUCCUUAAAGGUCGAACCCGCCUUUGUUAUUGUUUUGGUUUUGUUGAUGAAAUGAAGGUGAGGAGCGUCGGGCAGUGUGGUAAAUAUUUUUUUUUAAACGGUACCUAUUGUGCUGUUCUGUCACGCGUGCACUGAUAUCCGAGGGGGGGGGGGGGGGGGGGGGGGUGGAAUGGUUAGUUGUUUGCAGUUUGUUGUUGUAAUAUCCCAAAAGGACGUGGCAGUUUCACCAAUUUAAGGAUUUUACCUUUAAAGACAGUGUGUGAUUGCUCUUGCUGGAAAUGUAGCUUGAAAUGGUGCCAGGGUUUUUCCAUUACCUGAAUGGAGGCUUACGCAGUAGUGGGGGGUACCUUGAUACUAAAGGGCAACUCUCCAUGAGACACUCACUGUAAAUGUCACCCUCAAAUAGAGCUAUAUCUAAUAGUCCUCAAAGUCAUGGCAACAGACGGUACAUACUGCUGCGAAGUACAGUAAAGUGUGGCAUUCCCACAAUCUCUUUGUUUUAAAAGAGUCAUUGGUCCUGCCCUUCAGACCAAUAAGAAAUAUGAACACGUUAUACUCACAAAAAGCUCAUAAAUGUUACAUAAUGGGCCGUAAUGUGUAAUAAUUCCAGCCAUAAUCCAACAUAGGCUAGUAGCCAUUAACCUUGGCAUAUAUAAUCAUAAAUAUAAGAUGUAAUGAGGCAUUAACAUAUUAUGCCCAUGACUUACAUGGGUAUAUACUUCAUAAAGUCAUUUAUUUGACCUUGUAACCGGAUAAUGAAAUGUGUUGGAGUAUGAUUUGUGUCAUUGAACAGAAAAGCCUUGUGUAAUUGAAUAGAAAGUCUAUUGAAAUCAUAGCUCUAUUUGAAAUCGUGCAUGCAAGAUUUCAAUGGUCUUCAAGACAACGAUAACACAGUAUAUUUUCAUUACCAGGAUAGAUAGAUGGAUAGAUAGAUCAAAUCAAAUCAAAUGUUAUUUGCCACAUGCGCCGAAUACAACAGGUGUAGGUAGACCUUACAGUGAAAUGCUUACUUACAAGCCCUUAACCAACAAUGGAGUUUUAAGAUAUAUAUAUUUUUUUAAUAAGUAAAAAAUAACAAAUAAUUAAAGAGCAGCAGUAAAAUAAAAUAACAGUAGGGAGGCUAUAUACAGGGGGGUACCGGUGCAGAGUCAGUGUACGGGGGCACCGGUUAGUUGAGGUAAUUGAGGUAAUAUGUACAUGUAGGUAGAGUUAAAGUGACUUUGCAUAGAUAAUAAACAGAGUAGCAGCAGCGUAAAAGAGGCGGUGGGGUGGGGGGGGCAAUGCAAAUAGUCCGGGUAGCCAUGAUUAGCUGUUCAGGAGUCUUAUGGCUUGGGGGUAGAAGCUGUUAAGAAGCCUUUUAGACCUAGACUUGGCGCUACGGUACCGCUUGCCGUGCGGUAGCAGAGAGAACAGUCUAUGACUAGGGUGGCUGGAGUCUUUGAUAAUUUUGAGGGCCUUCUUCUGACACGGCCUGGUAUAGAGGUCCUGGAUAACAGGAAGAUUGGCCCCAGUGAUGUACUGGGCCGUACGCACUACCCUCUGUAGUGCCUUGCGAUCGGAGGCCGAGCAGUUGCCAUACCAGGCGGUGAUGCAACCAGUCAGGAUGCUCUCGAUGGUGCAGCUGUAGAACUUUUUGAGGAUCUGAGGACCCAUGCCAAAUCUUUUCAGUCUCCUGAGGGGGAAUAGGCUAUAAAUAGAUCGAUAGAUAGAUAGAUAGAUAUUGUCCUCCCAAAGAGGAAACUAUACUGAACAAAAAUAUAAACGGAACAUGUAAAGUGUUGGUCACAUCUUUCAUGAGCUGAAAUAAAAGAUCCCAGACAUUUUCCCUAUGCACAAAAAGCUUAUUUCUUCCUGUUCCAUUCCUGUUAGUGAGCAUUUCUCCUUUGCCAAGAUAUUUCAUCCACCUGACAGGUGGGGCCUAUCAAGAAGCUGAUUAAACAGCAUGAUCAUUACACAGGUGCACCCUGUGCUGGGGACAAUAAAAGGCCACACUAAAAUGUGCAGUUUUGUCACACAACACAAUGCCACAGAUGUCUGAGGUUUUAAGGGAGCGUGCAAUUGGCAUGCUGACUGCAUGUUGAAUUCUCUACCAUACAUCGCCUAAAAUGUCAUUUUAGAAGAUUUGGCAGUACGUCCAUCCGGCCUCACAACCGCAGACCACACCAGCCCAGGACCUCCACAUCUGGUUUCUUCACCUGUGGGAUCGUCUGAGGAGUGGGGUGGUGCUGUGGAGUAUUUCUGUCUGUAAUAAAGCCCUUUUGUGGGAAAACAUUUAUUCUGAUUGGCUGGGCCUGGCUCCCCAGUGGGUGGGCCUAUGCCCUCCCAGGUCCACCCAUGGCUGCUCCCAUUGCCCAGUCAUGUGAAAUCCAUAAAUGAAUGCCUAAUGAAUUUAUUUCAAUUGACUGAUUUCCUUCUAUGAACUGUAACUUAGUAAAAUCUUUGAAAUUGUUGCAUGUUGCGUUUAUAUUUUUGUUCAGUAUACCACAUGAGUAUAACUCUUAAUUAAAUAGAGCAAUUCCUGUACCUUUUCUGUGCAAGCCUUCUAACAACAUCCUCUCUCUGUCUGCGUCUCCCUGGUCAUGUCAUUUCUCUCUCUGAGUGUUUUGCCUUGAAUAUAUCAUGGAACAGACUCGACAGCUGUCAACUGCCCGCUCCACACACAGCAAUAAAAUGGCUAUAACUGCUGCUUAGACUAUAAAGAAGGCCUGGUGCGGCCCACGGAUACAUAUGGAGGGUAAUCGAAAUGUAAAACGGGUGACAAAGAUGACAGACGAAGUCAAGGGGAGGUGAGGCCUUCCUGCACUGGAGCUGUCAUGUUCCUUGAGCAUGUAAUUCGCAUCUGGCGUUCUCCGUCUUCCGCCAUCUCUCUCGUUCUUUCUCUCUUACUACAUCUACCUUUCUCUCUCUUUCCCUUUUUCUCUCUCUCUCUAUCUCUCUGGUCAUAUGCCACCUAUCAUGGCUGAUCCUUCCAGCGACCCAUCCCAUUUUUGCGUUUUCAUGCCAUUACCUGGCAAUCUGGCAUAUCACUUUGGUCUGGUAGAGAACCAUCAACAUCCCUCUAGACUUCUUCUGACGAUUGCCUCAGCACUUCAAGUGUCUUAUAUCGUAGCCUCCUGUGUCAGAACCUCACUUCUCCCUAAGCUUAUUGGUGUGUGAAGUCACCUGUCACCGUUCAGCUUUAGUGAGGAGUGCUCCGUGAUGCCUUCAAUUCAGAGGCUUGCUCUGGUAUUCAGUGGAACCCUUUUCCAGCACAGAGCAUUGGCUCUGUGCUGGAGCUAGCCUGGCGAUCGUAGCGCCAGUGAAAGAUAGGACAAAAUAUGCUGAGCUAAAAACAGGCUAAGGGUCUAACCUUCACCCAAAGUGAAUACCAAACAUGCAAGUGGUGACUAAUACAACAGUGGGAGAGCCUGGCCAGUGGCUGAAUGCAUUUAUCGUUUCUAGAUGAUUUAGUUCUGUUUUAGAAGUAAUACAAUGUUUUAUUUAGAAAUGUUUGUGUCUACAGUAGCACAAUGAUGAUAAAAUAGUUCAGUACAGUGUUGCCCUAACAAGCCACUUUUGGCAUAUGAAUUAAUAAGCAUUUGUAAAAAUACAUUUUCUAUUGGGAAUAAUAAACUAUAUACUUCUCUCAUUCUCCCAGGCUGGAACAAACGAGUGGACUAUGAGCCCGGAACAGGAAGCAAGCAACUGUUUCCCAAGAUGCACCUUGAGACUUGUGACGGCCCGCUGUCGGCGGUGAGAGCCAUGGUGGAGCUGCAGACCAGCCACAUCGGGAAGGGCUGCGACCGGGAGACCUACUCCGAGAAGUCCCUACAGAAACUCUGUGGUAAGCCACAAGGAAAGAGAGAAAUUAAAAUAAUAAAAUGUUCUAAUAACAUUUCAUCCUGUGUGCAGUUGCACAUUAUGUAAUGUGUUAAUUACACUUAUGACAAGUCAUAGAGACAAGUGGGUGUGCUUUUUCUGUCUUACUCAACUCAUUAAUGGUUUCCAAUUACUGUAACUACUCUAAUUUCAAUUUUUUUGUCACGUUGAGUCACACCAAUGUCUAACAGUCAAAUUAUAAACUAGUAGUUAUUUAAUUGUAGUUUGUAAGUCUACAGGUAGGUGGCAGGUAGCCUAGCGGUUAAGAGUGUUGAGCCAGUAACUGAAAGGUUGCUGGUUCGAAUCCCUGAGCUGGAAAAUCUGUCUGUGCCUUUGAGCAAGGCACUUAACCCUAAGAGCAUCUGCUAAAUUAAAUGUCUAUAUUUGAUCAACCUUAUGAAUCAUUGUUAUUAAUAAUUCUGGGGAGAAAUCUGCUCAAGUGAACAUUUUCAUUGUGAAGAGUUGAAAAUGUGAACGGUCUCAGAUUUUUUUAUGUAUUUCUUUCUUGGAUUUAUUUUCCUGUUGUGAAAAACUGAAGCGUGAUAUGGUUGGCUAAAAAAUUAUAUGCAUCAAAAACAGUUUAUUGUUCGACUCAAACCUAAGUCUUUAUGUGUUUAAGUAAUGGCUACACACGCAUACUUGAUAUGCUCAUUUAGAUGCAGAAGUAUUUCCCAACUUCUUUAGUAUGCAAAGUUUGCAAGCCAGGAGCUUUUCCAAAGCUCCAUAAUCGUAUCUAAUAUGCAAUAAAACAAAUUGUAAUAGUUUUUUUUCCCCGAGCAACAUUGACUUCUGUGAGAGUACAAAUAUCGGUACACAUAAAUAGAGAGCACACAGAGAUUGCUCAAGAGGGCCGCCAUAUAAUUUUUUAGAGCCACUAAAGAUAAUUGAAUUAGGUCAACAACAUCCUACCAUUCAAUUUGAAAAAUGUGUUAAAAAGAAUCUGUCUAAAAAAUAAGUACUUACUUUAUUUCCUAAGCAGAGAAAGGUUGGAAGUUUGAUGUAUUCAUAGCUUUCAUGGCCAGAUGUGGGCUGGUCAAUACUAAACUAAGAUGAAUAGAAGACAGGGGUCACAGAUUUGACAAGGCCUUCUGAAAACUGUGCAGAGUGAGAGUAUGAGACUGAAUCUCAUCAACUUCUCUCUCCUCAUGAUCACAGUGAAAGUCCUGACACAGUUUAAAGAGGCCUGGGUGUGGAUUUAUGCUGCCAUAUCGAUUGACAGGCAUGAAUGUUGCAUAGUUUAAAAGAGCUGGCCUGUUUCUUCGAAGGGGUGGGCGGGGUGGGAAUUUGGGGGAGAGAACCAAGUGUCUUAACAUACAGGGUCAUUCAUCACUUGUUAGAUUCAUACUGUCACCUCUUGUGUGACAUAGAGAGGGUGACGCUGUGGUGAGAAGAAACAUAUGUAAAAUACCUUUUCCAACGAAGACUGUUCAGUUCUGCAACAAUUCAGCAUCUUAUCUCUGUACUGUUACAUUCUAAGCCCACAUAAUUAUCCCCAUGACAACACCCUGCAUAGACAUCGUGAGAUUAGAGAUUUUUAGAUAACAUCCAACUCAAAUGUUACAUGUAUCAGUCUCCUUUUAACCUUGUGCCACUUUUUGUGUGUCAAAAUGUCACGCACUGAGUAUGUUCUCAUCUUUAAUUGGUCCUCCAGGUGCAGCGUCCGGCAGCACAGACCUCCUCCCCGCCCCCAGCGCUUCCACCAAUUGGACGGCCUCGCUGCUGACAGACAAUGGGCGGGAUAGCGACCUCAUCUUCCGCUUCGAUGGACGGCAGGCAUCCAACGUGCCGGAGCAGGUGGUUCCACAGAACCUGACUGACCAGUUCACCAUUGCCACGUGGAUGAAGCACGGGCCUAGCCCCGGUCUGAGGGCUGAGAAGGAGACCUUGCUCUGCAACUCCGACAAGACCGGUGAGACCAGGAAGGGGUUCAUUUGGGGAAGUCAUAAUUUUAUGGUGGUGAGGUGGUGGAACUGUUGCCCAAAUUGAGGCUAUUUAUCUUCUGUCACAAGAUUUAAGAGAGAAUCAAUGCAAUAGCCACUUUUAGGGCUACCAUUUAUUGUUCCAGGUAAGCUGUAAGACAGGAGCAAAUUGCGUCCAAUGUGAAGACAGUUGGCGCCCAACUUGGGACGUAGGAACAUUUUGUGCCCAAUCUGGAGUGGAGGUGGCGUAGCCGUGUAGAUGCAGAGGUUGUUUUGUCAUCUGUCGACCACUUCUAGUUUCAGAGUUAGACUAAGUGGAGCUGUGAGGGUGUGACUGGAGACAGGCAGCCUGACAGGCUCUUAUUGAUUCCAUCGACCUCUCCACUCACACUGAGCGAAAAGGAGAGUCCAUCAAUAUGCACUGCCAAAACAGCCCUGUGUGUAACCCAAGCGGCUCCAAGGAAAAGCACAGAAGGGGGGUUAUGAUGAAAAGUGUUGCCAUGAGAGGAAAGCCGUGAAGUCACACACCUCAUUAGCGUCCCACAGGGCCUUUCACAAUGUCACAAUGGCACAGGGAGCAUGGGACAUUUAUCGAGCUGCCUCGUGAAGUGGCAGGGUUUAAUUCAAAGUGGCACACGUCAAUAGCAUUUACAGGACAUAUUGCACCAAUAAGCUCCUUUGCCCAUAAUGACAGAUAUAAUUUCAGAUAGAGUACCACUUUAGCAUUUGUAAAAUAUCAUUUAUUUUCACUCUUAACUGUGGAAUAUAGUUUUUUUUGUCAGAUAAGGUAUAAUACUUAUAUAUUUUUAUGCAGUAGACUGUCUAGAAUGUCUAUGUUUUUCUGUGAAGUAGAAUAGAGAAUAUCUCUAUUCUGUUCUGGCCAGAAAAUGUAGUUAAUAUAACUCAAACGUUUAUGAAUGUUCUAAGCCUGUAAUUGCCCGUUUUCUGUAAUGUAUCCAUAUCCUUCUACAGAAAUGAACCGGCACCACUACUCCCUGUACGUCCACAACUGCCGUCUGGUGUUCCUGCUCAGGAGAGACUUCACCCAGGUUGACAACUUCCGCCCUGCAGAGUUCCACUGGAAACUGGAGCAG